AUGAGCGGGAGCACGGCCGGGAGCCGCCGUCAGGAGCCGCCGUCCUGCCCGGCCGCUCUCCUGCGUUUGAACCCGCACGUCUGGCUGCCUCGUCACGGCCUCCGAGCUGCAGCUGUUGGCGUUAUGGCCUCUGCCUGGUUCUCAUGCUCAGCGGUGUGCAUAUUUGAAGGCAGAACCUACUUUGAAGGACAAAGAGAAACUGUGUAUUCAAACUCAGGGGACUGCGUUCUGUUUGAGUGCAAGGGCCACAAAAUGCAGCGUAUUCCAAAAGACAUUUGUCCAAUUUUGAACUGCGCGGAAUCACAACAGAUCCCCUUAUCUCACAGUUGCUGCAAAAUUUGUAAAGGCCAUGACUUCUGUACUGAAGGACACAACUGCAUGGAGCACUCCGUGUGCCGCAACCUGGAUGACAGGGCUGUCUGCAGCUGCCGCGAUGGCUUCCGAGCCCUUCGAGAGGACAAUGCCUACUGCGAAGAUAUCGAUGAAUGUGCCGAAGGCCGACACUACUGCCGUGAGAAUACCAUGUGUGUGAAUACCCCUGGAUCCUUUAUGUGCAUCUGCAAAACUGGAUAUAUCCGCAUUGAUGACUAUUCGUGUACAGAGCAUGAUGAGUGUAUCACAAACCAGCACAACUGCGAUGAAAACGCUCUCUGUUUCAACACCGUGGGUGGGCACAACUGCGUUUGCAAGCCGGGUUACACAGGCAACGGGACCGUGUGUAAAGCAUUUUGCAAAGAUGGGUGUAGGAAUGGAGGAGCCUGCAUUGCGUCCAAUGUGUGUGCCUGCCCCCAAGGCUUCACUGGGCCCAGCUGUGAAACUGACAUUGACGAGUGCUCAGAUGGCUUUGUUCAGUGUGACAGCCGUGCUAACUGCAUUAAUCUGCCUGGCUGGUACCACUGUGAGUGCAGGGAUGGCUACCAUGACAAUGGGAUGUUUUCACCAAGCGGAGAAUCUUGUGAAGACAUUGAUGAAUGUGGAACUGGAAGGCAUAGCUGCGCCAAUGACACUAUUUGCUUUAAUUUGGAUGGUGGGUAUGACUGUCGAUGUCCCCAUGGCAAGAACUGCACAGGAGACUGUAUCCAUGAUGACAAAAUCAAACACAAUGGUCAGAUUUGGGUGCUGGAGAAUGACAGAUGCUCUGUCUGCUCAUGCCAGAGCGGCUAUGUGAUGUGCCGGCGAAUGGUCUGUGACUGUGAGAAUCCCACCGUUGACCUAUUUUGCUGCCCUGAGUGUGACCCACGGCUCAGCAGUCAGUGCUUGCAUCAAAGUGGAGAGCUUUCCUACAACAGCGGUGACACCUGGAUACAGAACUGUCAGCAGUGUCGCUGCCUGCAAGGAGAAGUUGAUUGUUGGCCCUUGUCAUGUCCGGAGGUGGAUUGUGAAUUCAGUGUCCUCCCCGAGAAUGAGUGUUGCCCACGCUGCGUCACUGACCCCUGCCAAGCGGACACCAUCCGUAAUGACAUCACCAAAACCUGCCUGGACGAAACCAAUGUCGUUCGCUUCACUGGAUCUUCUUGGAUUAAGCACGGCACAGAGUGCACCCUCUGCCAGUGCAAGAAUGGCCACGUUUGUUGCUCAGUGGAUCCACAGUGCCUUCAGGAACUGUGACACUAACAACCAGCUCUCACAAGCAGUUUCUGGUUAAAGAAUUUCCUUCACAAAAAAAAGAAAAAAAAGUUCUUUAGACCAAAAAUUUUACAAAAUCAAAACUGAAAUUAGAUUGGUUUUGUCCAUCUAAAGUGCAGGAAUGUGAUGAACUCAGUGAGGAGUCAGAGUGAAACUAAUGGGACUCAAGAAAAUCUCAGAUGUAUAAACCUUUGUGUGAGGUCAGGCCCAACUUCUGGCUAUUUAUAUGUCUGAAAUCAUUAUGCAGAAUAUUAGGUUAGUGUAAAAUGACACACUGUAAUGAUGUACAUAACAAUGUCAAGAUCAAAAAUGAACUAGGAGUCUUCUGAAGCUUGAGGGUCCAACACUUGACGAGAUGCAGAGAUUUUUACCUAAUCAUAUUUUGUUCUGCAUAAAUGUGUUUGAUUGCUCACUGCAAAAAUUAGCAGACAUUUGAGUAUGAAUGAGUAAGGAUGAGGCCUUCAGGAAUAAAGAACAUAGCAGCUAAGAUGUGUUAUGUACAGUAUGUGCUCUGAAAAAAAAAGAUACAAGUUAUUGUAAAAAAAAACACAAAAACAAAAACCGUGAUGCACAGGCAUGGCUUCUUAAUGUUUUCUGAUGGGAAAA